AUGGACUCGUCGUUCAUGCAUGCGGUCGACCCGUUUGCUGCGAAACGCGGGGGAGUCUUCUGGCAGUUCUUGAAUGCGCUAUCUGCGACCGCAAUCGUCAGGUGUUGGCCUCUCCUGGUCUUCUUCACAGGCUGGGCAACGGCGAUCUCGUGUAUCAGCCAUUUUGUGCAUAAUGUGGGCAUACAGAGUACCCUAUUGACUGUUAUCGGUACCGUCCUCGGUUUCGUGGUAUCGUACAGGACGACGUCCAGUUUUGAACGCUACAACGAAGGCAGAAAGCUCUGGUCACAGAUCGUACUCGCCAGCCGUACGUUUGCUCGCACGACCUGGUUCCACGUACCAGAGAUGAUGCCAACUGGCGCGGACGACAAAUCCACAGUCGAACAGCGCAAGCAGCGUGUGCUCAUUGAGAAGAAGACAGCGAUUAACCUCGUCGAGGCGUUCGCAGUCGCUGUGAAGCAUUACCUGCGCGGCGAGGAGGGCCUCUACUACGUCGAUCUCUAUCACUUGGUCAAGUUUCUGCCAUCUUAUGCGCUUCCCGCGGGGCUGCCCUCUGCGGUAGACAUCUCCGAGACGUCGGGGUCGCCGAUUCCGAGCGAUAGUGAGAACGGUCGUCUGUCUGACGUGACUUCGCUGCGCAGCCCGGAGGCUCCGACUUCCGGCAACCCCGUGAGCUCAGCGGUAGCGCGCGGGGCGCACCUCCCACUGCCGGUCACGGCCAAGUCGUCCAACAGGACAGCGUUUUUGGACAUUCGUGUAAACUCUGCCACCAAGUCGCUGUCGGACAAGGAGAAGAAUCUUGGGGUAGUGACUAGCGCCACCGAGGAUGGUUUCCUGCUACCCGCGCGCAAUCCGCCCCGGUUCCACCUUUUCGACGUGUUUCCGUUCUCGCUGUUCGUUGGCCGACUUACGGAAGCGGGAAAGGAUGUAAAGGGUAAAAGGGCGGCUCGUCUGCGGGCGAAGAUGCAGCGUGAGACCAAGACGCACAAUCUGCCUUUGGAGAUUUCUCUGUAUCUCAGCUCGUAUGUCGCUGCACUGCAGACUCGCAAGGCAAUUGAUGCCCCCACCUCGACCAACCUCCUCAACGCCCUCGGGCAACUUGUGGAUGCGCUCACUGGACUCGAGCGGAUCCUGACUACGCCGAUUCCUUUUUCAUAUCGCGUACACUUGUGGACUGUGACUACCCUAUACUGUUUCUUCCUGCCGUUCCAGAUCUGGGAUCCUCUCGGAUGGCUCACUAUCCCGGCUACCUGCCUGCUGAGCUUCAUCUUCUUUGGCUUCCUGUUUGCUGGCGAGGAAAUUGAAAAUCCAUUUGGCUACGAUAAAAAUGACUUGAACAUGGACCAUUUCACACACAAUAUCAUCCGCAACGAGCUUCGGGCACUGACGGCGCUGCCCGUGCCGGACCCGUCAGUCUGGGCGUUCUCCCCGCUCAAUGACACAGUCCUCGCCGACCCCAUGGUACAGGGCAUCGAGCGUGUCUCCCCCGACGAGUGGAUGCAGCGCGGCUACUCGCACAUGCAAGCCGCGCUCUGCGUCGUCUAG